GCAGGAUAAAGCGGGAAUGGAUCUCACUCACACACCGCGUUCACAUUGAUGUCGGUGGAAUAUAAAAAUAAAAUCUGAAAAAUGACGCAAUAUGCUCUUGGAGUCCACCUGCAGAUUCUGCUGGCAGUGGGUCUGGCAGUGUUCUGCUUCUGCCUGGUGCUGGGCUGUCUACUGUGUUGGCGGAGAGGGAAGUAUCAUCCACCAGAGGACAAAGAGGCUGCACUGUCCCCUUCCUCAGCCAGUUGUGAACGGGUCACCGUGACCCUGACCCCAUCCUCUGGCACCUUACCCAUCAAGCAGCAGUAUGAGGAGCUAGACGGGGAUGUCCUGGACCUCCCCUCCCCCAAUACCAGCUCCUCCCCCUCUGAGGAUGACCUCACCGCCCUGCCCUUUGAACCUCGCCCCCGGUCGUCCUCCUCCGAGCUGAGGUCCUCCCCCAGGUCCUGCUUCCCCAUGCGUCGCCUCAGCACCCCGAGUGUGUCCUCCUACUCUCACUACAAGCCUUCACGCCAUGGCCGUGCCUCCCUGCCCUCUAUCUCCAAACUGGGCCUAGUCUCCAAGACCCGUCGGGCGCUGGAACGCCGCUGCACCGUGACCGGUGACAACUUCGUGUACAGCGAACAGAGCCGCCUGACCAGCCCUGGCAGUGCCAUGCAGUCUCCUGGCCCUCAGGGGGAGCUGUCCCAGCCACAGUACGGCUCCAGCUCCCUAUCCAUCCCCACCAAGCCUGCUCCUCUCCUGCACUUCUCCCUGCUCUUCUCCCCGGCACGGGGCACUCUGACCACCAACAUCAUGGGUCUGUCCGGGGCGACACGGCGGCGCAGUGGGGUGUUCGUACGAGCCAGCCUGCCCCCGCUCUGCCCCUCACUCCAGCAGGGGGCGUCUCGGCGGCUCAGCCUCAGCCCAGAGAUACAGUGCCAGAGCCUUGUGCUACAGGUGGGCUCUGUGGAGGAGCUCCGCGCCUUCACCCUCUGGCUGGCUGUGUUCAGCAGGGACUUCUCAGGCCUGAGAGAGACAGCACUGGGGGAGCUGGAGAUGCCUUGUGGGGAGAUGGACUGGGAGCCAGACACAACUGUCCCCUACACCAGGGAGCUCACCCCCACCAGGAGUAGGCUGAAAAUGAGUAUGAGUUCCCAGGAGACGUUGGGUCGUAGGAAGAGUUCGCUCUGUGCUGCUCCACGGGCCCUGGGUCAGCUCUUCAUUCUGCUGCAGUACCAGACACUGGCCCACCGCAUCAAGGUGAUGGUCCGCAAGGCUGAGAACCUGGCCAAACUCUCCCGGAUGCCAGGAGCAGCAGAUCACUACGUAGUCAUCAACCUCCGUCAGGAUGGGAAGGUGAUCAGUACGAAGGAGACCAAAGGGGCGGGAGGACACAACGCUGUGUGGAACGCUCCCUUUCUCUUUGACCUGCCUCUUGGUGACAUCACUCAGCUGCCUCUUGCUCUGGAGUUCAUCAUCAUGCAGGGGCGGCUCUACACGAAGGGCAGCAUGCUGGGCCGUGUGUUGAUUGGCUGCGAGGCCCCGGAGGCAGGACAGGGACACUGGAGGGACAUGUGCAGUCAGGGACAGGUGGAGACAGCGCACUGGCACCCCAUCACACCAGAAGUCUUUUAGGACUUUAUAGCUGACCUCUACCUGUGUUAGGAGGGUCAGGACAUUGCUGGAGAGAGGACAGGUGAUAGAGGGCUUGCCAGACUAAUGGGACACACACACACAAAAGACGGACAGCAAAUGGACUAUCAGUGGUGGCACCUGUAAACAUAUUGUGAUGUCAUUGCAUUUAGACUUGUAGUAUCUGAUACAUACUGUUCCACACUGCCCUAACAGUGAGAUACAGGCCACAGGAUGGACUGCCACUACUGCUGUAUGAUACAAGUUGCAUGGAUUUGUGUUAUAUGUUGGUGCUGUUUGUAUCAUAGAGAACAAUCUGUCAGUCCCACACAUCUUUAAAGCCGGAAUCCUUAAUGUAAACAACAGCAAAGCGGCCACCCCACCUGUGUUUUGGUAAAAGGCUGAGGGAUGAACCUGGAGAAAGAUAACAGCUCUCAAAUUCAUAGUCAGGACUGAACAUCCAUGACAUCAAAAUGAUCGUUUUAACCAUGUUUUGAGGCUAUACAGUGUUUGUUUACAUUUACAUUGUUUACAAACAUUGGAGUAAAAUAAGCUUGUAUUUUGGGCUCUGAUGGAGUAGGACAGUUGAGAUAAGCUCAUGAGGCAUUACCAAGUUAGUUUUUCAAGAAUCAAUGGGUAUAUACUGUAUCAUUAAUUUAUAAGUCCAAAAAUGGGUAUAGCAACUAAGGAUUCCAGCUUUAAAGACCAUUGUCUGAAUUUGCUAUACUGUCAAUGAUUCUUAAGUCACGGCCAGAACACUUCUAGUUGUGGUUUACUGUGACGUUCUGUGUCAGUAUUUGUCCUCAGCAUUGAUCUCUCUGGUCCCACGUGGCUCAGUUGGUAGAGCAUGGUGUUUGCAACGCCAGGGUUGUGGGUUCAAUUCCCACGGGGGACCAGUACGGAGAAAAAGAAAUGUAUGAAAUGUAUGCAUUCACUACUGUAAGUCGCUCUGGAUAAGAGCAUCUGCUAAAUGACUAAAAUGUAAAUGUAAAUCUCUGCUUGCUUUGUUUGUGUUGUACUCUUGUGGUACUUGUGGUCUGUGCUAUUUGCAUGAUUGGGAUCUUUGCCAGACAUUAGCGUGAUUAAAAAAGUGAUAUUGAUCAUCAUG